CACUGUCAAUAGUGAGACCCACAUGGUGGGUAUAUAGGCAGGUGUAUUGUAGCUUAAUGCAACAGACUCAAAAUUUCAUUCAAGUUGAAAUAUCCCCUCUAUUUUGGGACGACUCUUUUCUAUACUCUAUCUAUUGCACGAAGCUCAACAUCUCAAGGGGACCAUGGUUAUGUUGAAGAUCUCCGCUUUCCUUGUUGCCUACGCUCUGAUUAUUUGCCAGAUGUACAGCUCUAAUGCAGCUCCUGCCAGGCCUGCACUGGAAUCAUCACCAGAUCGAACUACGCUUACCGACUACGAAGCGAGAAGAUUGCUUCACGCAAUUGUCAAAGAAUUCAUGCAGAUGACCGCAGAGGACAUGGAACAACAAGCUACUGAGGAAAACAGCCUGGGUAGACCCGUGUCCAAGCGCUGCUCCAGCCUCAGCACUUGCGUGCUGGGGAAACUGUCCCAGGAGCUGCACAAACUGCAGACGUAUCCACGCACCAAUGUAGGAGCGGGUACACCGGGCAAGAAGCGCAGCCUGGAAGAGAGUGAUGUGUUGGCUGGCUACGGAGAGGCGCUCAAUCGUGUCUAAUCGGCAGCGGCUGUAAACCCGUGCUUGGCCCUGAUAUGCGAGUGCAUGUGGAAGUUUGCUUGCCUGAUUGACUUGAAAGAACAUUUUUUUCUACUUUUUUUGGCAGAGUAGCAAAUCUCAGACAGACACUGUUCCACUAAUUUCAUAUAGUCACUGGAUCUAUUUGGGUUAUAUAACUGAUUCAUAAAAUCGGGGAGCUCUCAUUGGUAGAUAGGGUGUAACAACAAGCUUUUUUUAACCCACAGCAAAAUUCCUGUCUUGUAUGAUUUGACUUUGUUCUUGAUCUAAUAAAGAUAUUUUUAGAAGGA